AUGGCUGUCAAUGUUCCUGGCCUGAUAGCAGUUAUUAUUUUUUACCUGUUAAUUCUCGGCCUUGGACUAUGGGCAGCGAGAAAAACCAAAGGGGAAACAAGCAGUGAAAAUGUGAUGCUGGCCAAUCGGAAUAUCAGCCUGUUAGUGGGGGUCUUCACAAUGACGGCCACGUGGGUAGGCGGCGGAUUUAUCAAUGGGACAGCGGAGUCGGUGUACAAAGAUGGACUGGUAUGGUGCCAGGCACCACUAGGGUACGCCAUUAGUUUAAUGCUGGGCGGGAUAUUUUUUGCAAACAGAAUGCGAUCUCAAGGUUACGUCACGAUGUUGGACCCUUUAAGUAGAACCUAUGGAGCGAGAAUGGGUGGAUUGUUGUACAUACCGGCACUUCUGGCUGAGGUGUUCUGGUGCGGGGCCAUUCUGGCCGCCCUAGGUGCUACGUUGGCGGUAAUUCUGGACUUGGAGCAGACGUUAUCGAUAACAAUCUCGUCCUGUAUCGCGGUAUUCUAUACUCUCUUUGGCGGUCUGUAUUCCGUGGCCUACACCGACAUCAUGCAGUUGACCUGUAUCUUUAUUGGUCUUUGGCUCAGUGUUCCAUUUGCCAUGACAAACACGCACGUCACCAGCAUAACUAACAACUCCUCUACGGUGUGGAUUAAGGACCUGGACCCUAAGUACAUAGGCUACUACAUAGACUCCUUCCUGUUGCUCAUAUUCGGUGGGAUCCCCUGGCAAGCCUACUUCCAGCGGGUUUUAUCGGCAAAGUCCGCAUUCAACGCUCAGAUUCUGUCUGUUAUGGCGGGGUUUGGCUGUAUCAUCCUAUCCAUUCCUUCCAUUUUAAUUGGGGCCAUCGCAGCCAACACAGACUGGAAUGCUACACGCUACGCAACAGAGGACAAUAAGCCUGUGCCCAUCCCACCGGAACUGGUCUCCAACAUCCUACCCCUGGUGCUGCAGUACCUGACCCCCGUCUGGGUCUCCUUCUUCGGACUAGGUGCCGUGGCGGCGGCUGUUAUGUCGUCUGCUGAUUCCUCCAUCCUUUCUGCCAGCUCCAUGUUUGCUCGCAAUGUGUACAAGAUGAUAUUUCGUCCAAAGGCUUCUGAGAGAGAAGUUCUUUGGGCAAUGAGGAUUUCCAUUUUCGGCAUUGGUGCCUUGGCAACAGUAAUCGCGGUUGUCGUAAAAUCUAUAUACGUGCUUUGGUUCCUGUGCUCUGACCUCCUUUACGUCAUAAGCUUUCCACAACUUUUGUCAGUUAUUUAUAUCCCGAAGUGCAACACCUAUGGAUCUAUUUGUGGUUAUAUAGUAGGGCUAAUCCUUCGCCUCACAAGCGGAGAGUACACUCUAAAUAUUAAUCCGGUCAUCAAAUACCCUUGGUACAUCGAGUCGGAAGGACUUCAGCUGUUUCCGUAUAAAACAUUCUCCAUGCUGGUUACAUUUACUUGUAUUGUCUCAGUUUCAUAUCUGAUCAGAUAUAUGUUUCAACGAGGGAUUAUUCCCAUGAAGUUUGAUAUCUUUAAAUGUUUUUCUGGAAAAUUCGAAACGUCUGUCGACAUCGUGGUCAAAGAAGGAAAGAAUAACCCUUCCUUUGCGUCAUCCGUUGACGACGUUAGAGACCGAUACACGAAGCAGGAAACGGCAACUUAAAAACCUAAGCUUUUAAAGCAAACAAUCUUCAACAUGUUCAAUGUAUAACUGCAAGUGGUGAUUUAAAUGUAUGCCAAGAAUAAUCUGUCUUUGAAUGAAACGGCUACCUUGGGAUUGGAGUUUUAUGAAGAACUUACUUAUACAAUAGACGACUGACUUCUAGCAUUUAAACAGAGACCAACUCCAAUUACUAAAAUGUAAACAUCAGCUGUCGAAUGUAAAAGUCUCUUCAUAAAACUCCACUAAUAUACACUAUAUUUAUAUAAAUGUAGUCCACAGUGCUUAUACUUUAUGACUUGCAAUAAUGUGAUGAUUACUAUUUUUAAUUGUGCAUCACAUAAUUAUAAACCAAGCUGAAAUGUACAGGUAUAAUGAAAGACAUAUAAAAAUAAUCUUUUAAAAGAAAUAUUAGUGCUUUGUAAAUGUUAUAAACAUAACGAUAUUUUGUGGAUCCUGAAUUGUUCCUCUUUGAUCAAUUCAGUUUUGGAAACUUGGAAGUGUAUCUCUUCUUCUUUUUUUUUUUAUUUACAUUUCUCAUUAUGUUAAAUAUUUUCUUAACUGUGACAUGAUUUUUGUUCAUAUUUUAUUAAAUGGAUGAUUUAAUAAAAACGAACACGAGAUGUAUGUAGAAGUAAGAGCUAUUUAAUGAAUGGAUCUAGAUAUUUGAAUGAAAAUUAGAUUCCAUUUACAAGAUACGGCUUACCUUGCGUCGCCUUCAGCUGAACAACUAAGAAGCUGCAAAACUUACUUAUUUCUUCUUUCAAGGCUGGAAUUUCGUCUGUUUGCUUUUCUGUCUAUCACCUCUGAUAUAUGCAUUUAUUUGGUUAAGCUGAGAUACUGGACAAAAGACCGGUUUAUGUACUGUGUUACAAAAUCUACAUCGAUAUGGUUUAUAUAAAUUUUGAGUUUUUUUAGAUACUUAAAAUCACCAAGGAAUUUUUUGAAAAAUAAAAAUCCCAAAAUUUAACCAAAAUCAACAUCAUCAAACCUAUGGCACUAAGCUUUCUGACAACAAGAAAGCUACAAAACUGUAGCUUUCCAAAGAAAAAAAUUACUAGCAUUGAAAAGAGUGUAGUGUAUAUUUAUUGAGCACACAAAAGUGCUUUUCGAUUUGUUCCGCCGUGGUUUUCAAUAGUGCCAUCUCAAAACAUUACUGACCGUGUAUUCAUUACACAUUCUUCUGCUUUUUUCUCAACAAAACAAUUCUAGAAAGCCUUCCUCUGCUUGAUAUUAAAACCUAGAAAACACAGACACUGCCAUUUAGGGCUGCAAGAUAAUUCGAUAAAACUCGCUUCAUGUAGUUAUCAAAUAUGAGAGCAGUAGACAGGGAUCCAAGGAACAUUUUAAAUCGACUUUUUACACAGUUGAGACAAGAAUUUGGAAAAAUUAAUCCAGAAUUGAGCGCAACUUUUUGUUUGCAAUGAAUAUACAUUUUUUUUUUACUGGUGGCACGGUAUCUCCCUGGUUAUUCAUCCCAAUUUUUCAGAUCAGAGAACUACAGCUACAAAGAAAGCUGAUUUCGAAAUAAAAAUGGAAUGCGAACUUACCUUGUCAUUUGCUUUCAAAAAUUAUUUAAAACAUUCUGAUUUUACAAACGAGUUUUCAGAAGUUUGAUAUUAAAACAAAAUUCCGAUUAACAACAUCGAUUUAGAUUUUU